AUUCAUGUUUCCUGUCAUGUUGGUUCAUUUCCGUGAGCUUUAGCGCCUCAAGUGGCCAAAUAAUGUAAAUCUCGCCAGGUGCGAUAGAACUAUUGAUUACACGGCAGAAGAACAUACAACAGUAACGUCCCAUCUUUCAUUUAUAUCCGCUGGACAGUGACUGAGAAAGAUGCCGAAGAAAGGCAGAGACUCAAAGCCCGCUGUUACAGCUCCACGGUGGGAAGAAGUUCAAGAUUUCUGCAACCCUGACAAACUGCUGUUGUGCCCCUAUGACCCACAUCAUCUGAUCCGGGCCUGUCGGUUCCCAUACCAUCUCAUCAAAUGCAGGAAGAAUCAUCCUGAAUUGGUUGGUGAAUUAUGGACUUGUCCAUUCAAUGCACGCCACUUAAUGAGAAAACAUGAGCUAUCCCCUCACAUCUUAACCUGUGUGGACCGGACUUGCUCUGUUAAUAACACCUGCGUGGGCAGUGACAAGACCGAUAGCAAGUUUCACAUCCCAGUGAGCACCUGGACUGCGCCUGUGUGUGAUGAAGACUGGGAUGAAGAGGUGGACAAGCAUGUAACUUCAGCGCCAUCUUUUGUCUGGGAUGUGUCGAAAUCGCUUCCUCAGGACAGGGAAAACCCCAGCACUUCCAGCAAUGUGAUUGCUGGUCUCAGAGCACCACGCGUUCUUCCCUGGAUGAGCAACUCUACUGAUUUUUGAGUUUUUUAGUGUGUCAACCAUGUCAAGAGUAUUCCUGAACAAAUGACAUUGAAUCCUGUUAGUGUUGGUUGCUUGUUCUGGCAUUUCUUGUAUAGGUCACUAGUUCUGGCAGUGACAAAUUAGUUUCUUAAUCUUCAGUUUAUGUUCCCAAAGGUGGAGCAGUAAAGAUGGUUUAGGUUCUUAGCUGUGUUUACACCACACAAAAGAAAAGCUUACGACCAGGAUAUACAGAAUACAAGACUUUAAUUGAUGUGUUUUUGCUUUGUGCCUGUAAUUCUACCUCUGUGGUGUGUUAGGAACGCCUCUUUUUGGUAGAAAAAAAAAAAUGUUAGUAGUUUUUUCUUAGACAAAUCCUGUUCAUAGCACAGAUACUGUUGUAAAGGCAAAUAAAACUU